UGUGAGUGUGAUGGAUGACUUUUGGGCGGGCAUUUUAGUGGAGCGGCAGAGGGGUCACUUGAUAGAAAGGGUGCCCACCUCUUUAGGACAGCCCUGAAGAGAAGAAGAGUAACACACAAUAUCAAACGGACAAUAAUGGAUUCGCACUUCAGAGGCGCCUUGUGGACGAUACUCAUCCUCUUCACACUGCCACACCUUACCUACAACAUGCUCUGCCCCAGCAGCUGCUUGUGUACCUCUAGAGGUGCUGUGAAGUGUGUUGGUGACACCAUCACAGAUAUACCAAAGCAGCUGCCUGUCCACACAUACCUGCUGCAGCUUAACGGCACAAUAAUGAACGUCAUAAAUGAGCAGAGCUUGGCAAACAGGGACCUCUUGCUGCGUUUCAGUCUGACUCACAGUCAUUUACACACAAUCCAUCCCAGAGCCUUCCUUGUGGCUCCACAGCUCAAGUCUGUCAAGCUGUCGUACAAUGAUCUCUCUACCCUCCCUGCGCGGGUUUUCAGUCCAAUGACCACUCUGGAGCAGCUGCAUUUAGAUGGGAACCAGUUGGGGACCAUAGCCCCGGAUAUGUUUAAAGGACUUGUCGGGUUACUGGAUCUGGACCUGAGCCGGAACAAACUGAGUAGUCCUUCAGAUGUUUUCGAUAAACUGUCCAGCCUUACCUUUCUGAACCUCGGCAGGAACUCCAUAAAGAAGCUUCCACCUACCAUCUUUCACUCCUUGACUAAUCUCAACCAGCUCAUGCUCUAUAACAACGAGCUAGAGGUGCUAGAACCUGGGAUUUUUGACAAACUUAUCAACCUUGAGGAGCUGAAAAUCCAUCAAAACUACAUUACUAGCCUUUCACCUCAGGUGUUCUGGUCACUGAAGAACCUGAGGGUCCUCACCCUGUCCUCCAACCGACUUCAGGCUAUCCCAGAAAAGAGCUUCUACAACAUGCCAAAGCUGAGAAAGCUAACCAUUUACAACAACCCCCUGUUAUCUCUGCCAGACCAGCUGAUGGGACACAUGCCUGACAUUAUUGACUUUUAUUUGUAUGCCACUAACCUCACCACUGUUCCUGGAAAUUUGUUUGCCAACAUGUCUGGACUCCUGAGGCUUAACUUCCAUUUAAAUGACCAUCUGAGGGAGUUGCCCUCAGACCUCUUCUGCUGCCUUCCCAAGCUUGAGAAACUCUCACUGAGAUCCAACAACCUCCAUUAUCUACAUCCUCGGCUGUUCUCCGGACUAACCACACUUGGCAUACUGCUUCUUAAUGAUAACAAGCUGCAGAGCCUUCCAGAUGACAUCUUCCAGGACCUUAGCAGGGUUUUGUCAAUUGAUUUGAAGAAUAACCAGCUUAUGACUCUUCCAGGAGAUAGUUUCUUGUCAAAUACAGCUUUGAAGGCUCUUGGACUGAGUGGCAACCCCUGGGACUGUACUUGUAGUAUCAGAGGUAUUGCAAAAUGGAUAAGACAUAAUGAGCAUGUGGUUCUUGACAGACAGGAUGUGAUAUGUCACAGUCCAACGUACCAACUGCUCCGUACUGUUGGCUCACUGCGUGAUGAGGAGUUCAACUUUUGCGACACUAUGAAAGUCACGCCAAGUUAUUUUUUGACACACAAGCCAAUAAAAACAUUCCACACCACUUCAACUCGUGGACAAACAACUGUUGUAGCUUCUACAACUACACCGUCCCCAAAAACAUCUACCAUCAUUCAAGGAGCUACUCAACAAUCCACCACUCCAUCUUCACAACCAUCUUUACAUACCACGAUCCUACCAACAACUCUCCAAACUCCCACCCCUACCCUGCCUAACAAGGAGACUCUUCUCAUUACUGAGACCCCCUCACCUCCUUUCUAUGACACAUUGGUCGUUGAACAGAAAACUACCCAACAAGUCAUCAUCACAACAACCACUCCAACUACAAAACCAUCUGACUUACAUACCACAAUCCUACCAACAACUCUCCAAACUCCCACCACCAUCCUGCCUAACAAGGAGUUUCUCUCCAUUCCUGAGACUCCCUCACCUCCUUUCUAUGAAAUGUUGGUGACUGAACAGGGGCCCGAGUUUGUUCACCACAACCGUCACAAGGCCUGGGUGUAUGUGUGGUUUCUGCCCUCAGAUAUGACCAUGACCGGACUUCUCAUGUUUUCUCACAUCCUUCUUGUGGUCGCAGGCUUGGUCCUCAUUCUUGGUGCACUGUUUUACAUGUAUCGCCUCAACAAGACCGUGAAUGAACUGAAGACUGAGUGUGCACAUCCUCCAGGGUUAUGAAACACUUUGUCAGGCUAGGUGCACAAGAGAUCAAGAUUAAGCGUCCUUUUCCCGAGGUUGCAGUUUAUAAACGAUUUCUCUGGGGUGUAAGUUUUCUUGAUGUUGUGUUAAGUUGUAUCUUCAAGUGUUAUGUGAGGACAGUCAGAAUAUGGGAUUUAAAAUAUUGUGACAAAGCUAAAGCUAAAGGAUAUUUUAAAGAGCAAAGACUUAGGCUAUGGUAAGACAAUACAUAUAUAAUAUUAUAUAAUACAGUUAAGCAUAUCAUACAGUACGUAAGCUUCACAAAUAGCUGAAAUUAGCUUUUUUUUAACAUAUUUUUGGUUGUAACUUUAUGUUAUUUGUAGAGCUAUAAGGAGCUGCUUGGAUUAAUCAAUUGAUAAAUCGAAAAAAAAAAAAAAUCUGAACCUUUUGAGAAUUUAUCAAUAAUUUCAGUGAUUUUUCCGUUAGAAAUGCCAGGCAUUUGCUAGAUUCAGCUUCUCAAAUGUAAAGUUUAGCUGCUUUUAUUUGUCUUGUAUAAUAAUAAAUCAAAUAUUUUUCGAGCUUUGGAUUGUUGGUCGGACAAAUGAAGCAAUUUGAAGACGUCACUUUGGGCUCUUGGAGGUUGUGAUGCGUGUUUUUUUGACAUUUCAUGAACCAAAUAGUUAAUCAGGAAAAUAUUUGGCAAAUUACUCAAUGAUGAAAAUAGUGAAUAUGUUUUACAAAAAUCAAAUAAAUUACUAAUUAAUAAUUAGUUCCUAUGUCCUUGUCUUAAUGCGUCACGCAAAAAGUGAUACAUAAUAAUGUCUCACAGUCUGUGUUUGUUUUACAUGUUAUAUUAAUCUGUGUUUACCAUAUGAGCAAAACCUAUGUAGUGUGUAAUAUUAAGCUUCAUAAAGCAAAGUCAAGCCAAUGUAGUCAAGUUAUUUAGUUAUUUGUUUCCCCCUAGUGAUGAUAAAUGUUUGUUGUAACUUUUGCUUAAUCAGUCUGAAUAAAAUGUAUUAUG